AAAGUAAAAACGUUUGUAACCAAAAGAGGGGCAACCAAAUUAAAUUUUAACGGGUUUAUAUUUGAAAAAAAUACGCAACGUAAUUCAAAAUAUUACUGGACAUGUGAAAUGCGGCGUAACGACAAUUUCAAAUGUAACGCACGGCUCAUUACAAAUCUGACCGCUGGCCAGCAUGAAGUGGUGUCGAAAACAAUAAGGACACAUAAUCAUGCACCAAGUGCACCUGGAGAAAAGGACCGGCUACAGCAAAGAAAUACGGCAUCGACUUCACGACGUCAGUCACAUACUCGUCCCAGCAGAUGCGACUCCUCUGUCGUUGAAGUCAUGCCGGCCGAAGAGGAUCCCGCGGCCAUGGAGAGCCGCGACGCCGACGGAUCUCCACAACGCUUUUGUUUGAAAUGGACGAACUAUCAGAGUAACCUCGCCAACAGUUUUGACCAACUUCUUCAAACUGAAGCUUUCGUCGACGUAACCCUCGCGUGUGAGGGACAGAGCUUGAAAGCACACAAAGUGGUACUUUCGGCGUGCAGCCCCUACUUCCAAACUUUGUUUAUGGAUAAUCCGUGCCGGCAUCCUAUAAUAAUAAUGCGCGACAUAAAAUAUUGCGAUCUGAAAGCUGUGGUUGACUUCAUGUACCGCGGUGAGAUAAACGUGUCGCAAGAUCAGAUCACGGCUCUGCUGAAGGUGGCGGAGACACUGAAGAUCCGCGGAUUGACCGAUGUGAGCGGCGAGCAUGGCGUGCUGAAGCCGGGCGGGCUAGAGACUCGCACGCCUAAGAGGCCCAGCAGCCGGGAGACUGAAUCGCCGGCUAAAACUCGAAAACGGGCGUCGACGGAGCGAAGCCCGGGCCCGAGCCCGCGGCACUCGCCCAGCACACCGGCGGCAGCUGCGGACCUGCUGCCGCCGCCGGCAGAGGCACAGUCGCCGUUGUUCCCUGGCAUGGCCGCGCCGCUACCCACCGACGAUGUCGACAUCCGCCCUGGCAUCGCCGAGAUGAUCCGCGAGGAAGAACGGGCAAAGCUGCUAGAAAACUCCCACGCAUGGCUCGGAGCAUCCACGUCCUCUAUUGCAGACAGCUACCAAUACCAGCUUCAGUCCAUGUGGCAGAAGUGCUGGAACACCAACCAAGGUCUGGUGCACAACCUGCGGUUCCGGGAGCGCGGGCCCCUCAAGUCCUGGCGACCAGAGACCAUGGCCGAAGCAAUCUUCUCCGUGCUGAAGGAAGGCUUGUCACUCUCCCAGGCGGCCAGAAAAUAUGAUAUCCCGUACCCGACGUUUGUGCUGUACGCCAACCGCGUCCACAACAUGCUGGGUCCCAGCGCGGACGGCGGCGCAGAUUUGAGGCCGAAGGGUCGCGGGCGGCCGCAGCGCAUCCUGCUGGGCGUGUGGCCUGAUGAGCACAUCCGCGGCGUCAUCCGCGCCGUCGUCUUCCGCGACACGCACGCGCCGCACACCACGCACCACAUCAAAGAGGAGGUGCUCCCCGUCUACCCCGCCAUUACGGAUGGCAUGGGCGUACAAAAUGCCUACGGGAAUGCCUGUGGAAAUGGGCGCGAAGGCGGCGUCUCCCCGAACGCGGCCGCUGCCGCCGCCGUGGCCGCCGUGGCACACGGUUUGCGCCGGCAGAUGUGCAAUAUGGUAGUGGCUGCGCAGCGGCCGCCCGACCACCCGGCGCACCUGGGCCUGCCCCCGCUGCCACUGCAGUCGCCGCGCCUCCCCUCGCCGCUCUCCGCCGGGCUCGAGUCGCCGCUCUGCUCGCCACCGCCACCCGGACACGCGCUAGAGCCACCAAAGCCCACCGACCCCUUCCGCCCAUUCGCAUCACCCCGCCCGGAUAGCCGCUACAGCGAGAGAGACGUAGCUGAGCUGUCAGACAUGGGCCCUCCCAAGACCCCGGUAUCGAUCGCCAAAAAUGGCAAAGAUCUAAUGUCGACCCCAGUGCCGGUGAAGAUGGAGCCUCCUCCAGUGGAAGCGCGGGCUGAAAACAUCUGAAGCGAGGCCGCGGGCGCAGCGCAGUCGCACACGCCAGUGAGCGUCCCGCCGUCGCCGCUGCCCGCCUAUCCUUAUUUCGUGCCCAACCGCAACUCCGUCGGCUACUUCUAAGCGCUGCAUAUGCGCAGCCAUGAACACACGACAGUCGCGCGGUUGUGCGGUUGCACGGUGAAUGAUCCGGUGAUUCCGAGCCGGCGACUAAUUUAGCUUUUUAAUUUAAAUUUAUUCAUUUCAUAAUCGGCAUAAAACAUUAUUUAACUAAUUAUUAUAUUAUAAUUUAAUGUGGGGUAUCGCUGUGCAAUAUGCUUGUUGAUUAAUUAUGAAUUUUGUAUUAUUAUGAAAGAGUACUUUUAGUUAUUUUUAAGUUUUUUUGUUAAUUAGCGAGGGACACGUAACGUGUAAGUAGUCAUGCUACAUGUCUCUACCACUGUCGCUUGGUGUUUCAUUAUUAUCUACUCAUAAGUAUAAUAGAAUGUCGAACAUUACGUGUAAGCUUAAACUAACUUUACAACUUAGAUCCAUCUGUGAACAUAGGGAAAUCAAAAUUAAAAAUAUUUGGCCCGAUUCAAAAGACUGUUCGGUAUACCUAAUCUUAUUCAACAACAUACGUGUAAGACAAAAUUUAUGAAUUAGUCUUAGAUAUAACCAUAAAUUAAACAUAGAUGUAUCUUUCCUUUAUCGUCAAGUGGAUGUCAAUUUCUCUACUAGCGAUUUAGUAACUGUGUGUUGUUGCUUUUUGUAGAGGCGCGCGCGCGCACCGCUGCGAUUGACCGGCGGGCGGCUGGCGGGCGCGGCGGGCGCGCGCCGCGUUUCAUUGUUCACUGUUCGUGCAGCGAUUCACAUACGAGUAGACUUAGUGAUCGCCAAAUGUAAUAUAGAUGUAUCAUUAGCCAGUAGUGAUUGUUCCAAAUGUUAGGCUAAAUUAGAUCGUUUAGGGCUCGACCGAUAUUACUCGUGUAUUAGACAAUCAACUUUAAUGAUCUCCUGUAAUAUUUUUCAGAGAUGUUCUGUUCCGUUUUAAAAUUGUAUUGCAAUAAAACGUCGUCUAAUCAAGUAAAAAAUCUCAAAAUACAGUAGGCGUUUUGAGAAAUUUCUGUACUAAAAGUUAAAACCCGUCUACCCAUGUAAUAAUAGUUUUCGAAUCUCUUGACCGCACUAGAUUGUAUUACUAGUGAGGUCGCGAGACAUAAUAUCGAUGUCUUGAUGUGCUAUCGUAAGCUGUUAUAAUAGAACAUCAUGAAAAUUUUAUAAUGUAAGAGCUCCCAUUUUCAACAUACAUAGUCUACUAUUAUCGUCGAAAUCAUACAAUCAUUUAGCAGGUAAUCUUCUAAUAAUAUGUUUCAUAAAUAGGUAUUAUAUGUAAAGAUGAAACUGAUCAUCUCUUUCGACUGAUCUAUCAGGACGCCUAAUUUCAAUUAAGUACGGAUAGAGUAUCGAACAACACUACCUUAAGGAAGUCCAAACCUUACUUUAUACUCCUCCACCAGAAUGUACAAGAAAGUCUUAAUACAUCUUUAUGUUUAAUACCUAAACUUUCUGAGAACACAACUUCGGCGAGCCCAUCUUAGAUUUAGAUGCACUAAAAUCGCCAAGCAUAGAAUGUACAUCUUUCGAGCGUCUGCUAACCUACCUGCUCGUAGCUAGAAUACAUUUCAAUUUAAUUAGAUUAUCUAUAUAACUAUGUAUAGCAAUGGAUCAGAUAAAGUCAUGCUAAUAACGAUAGAAACUUCACAUGUACUUCGUAAGACAUCUAUGUCGUGUAACGUGCUCCUCCACCGUGUGCAGGUGGCUUCCAAACUACUACACCACUCUCGAUGAGAUCCCUAAUUAUUCAAACAAGAACUUUACCUGAAACUUUUCUUUGACUUCUCAAUAGUUUUUCAACUGUCCAUACAAAUUGAAUCCAGCAGGGUGUAGUUUUGUAUGGCGAGUAGAAAGAUGAUGAAUAAAGAAAGAGUUUUUAACGAAAGUUUGCGGAGCACCCCUGCCACCUACACACGGCGCCCGCGCCGAGAGCGAGCCGCGCCGAUCGGCGGCCCCCUCCGCGCGAUGCAAACAACUUUGACAUCUCUUAAGUGUUGUUAGUGUGAAAGAAUAAGUGUAUAAUGUACAAAUUUGUUUUAUCUAAACAUCUAUUGGACAGUUGUAAUGUGUCUCAUAGUUUCGGCAGGAAAUUUUCAUUAAAUCUUCUUGCUGCAAGGGUAUACCAUGAUUUUAGAUAUUGUUGGCGGACAUUCGUUGGCGAUCGUUCUUCAUAGUAACAUUAGAGUGGGAAGGCGCGGGGGCGGGCGGCGCGGCCGCUGUGGUCACGCGCCGCCCGCCCCGGCGCUCGGCAAGUCUCGUCGCAAAACAUGCUAGAAAAGCAUGUUUUAAAAUAAGUCUCCAAGUGGCCUUGAUACUUCACUAUUAUUUGGAAUUUGGAUUAUCUGAUUCGUUCAAUGUUUGGAUUAGUGUAUAAAAAAGACCAAAUUAAUAAAAAAUACAUUUGCGAUUCAGAUCUAAUGUUAAAACUGUUUGGCUAUCCUUUUGGAAAUAAAGUUUAAACUAGGUGAAAAAAUUAAAAUUAAAAAAGUUAUAUAAUGGCCUAUACGUUUCGGAUAAAUUGCGUAAUUUUGGUAAAUGUUUAAAUACUACGCAUAUUUUCUAUUGUGUAAGUCUAGGCUAAUGUGUUCAAAAAGUAAUUAAAAAUUUAAAAUUUUUGAAAAAGUAGAAAGUGCCUUCCAAAUUUUUGACCACAGUAAGUGUUGGGAUGGGUGCGGCGACGAUCUGCUGGUGGCGGGCGGUGGCGGCGGCGGCGGCACCCGGCUGGCGGCGGCCGGCCGCGCAGGCUCGCGGUCGGACCGCGCGUCCGCCCGCACGCGCGCUGCCAUCGCCCGCACUGAACGUGCUUAACUAUAAUAAAGUUAGAAUAAUAAAAAUUCAAAAUUAUUAUAUAAAAUUAAAUACAUAUGACUAUUAUUAUAGAAAAAAAUAUACAUAAAAUUAUAUAUUUGGCCGAAAUGGUAAUACCCUGAUAGGCAAGCGUUAUAAGGUUCGGCGUCAAAAUUGAUUCUAUUUUCGUUGUAUAACACACCAUUACUAUAAAUUAAUUGGAAUUCAAUGCAGACAUCGCAAAGUGCCAUUUGUUUGAACUGAAAACGGUUCAUUUCUUUUUGUAUCACAUGUGGAUUUUGUAGUUAUAAUUAAAUAUUAAUUAAUUUAUUAUGAUACUGGAAAAAGUAUACAUUUCGAUUACAUAAAUAAGUACCACGUUAUUUUCGUGAUAGGUAGUUAAGUAAAAUUACUUGUAGUAUUAUUGUACCUACACCUACAAAGGCGGUUUUGGUUGAUAAGUAGACAUUUAUUUCGUGAUGCUGUAUUCGUUUUGAUCAUUACUGGCGACUCGCACAUUAUUAUGACUGCAUGACAAUUUACUAUCGUCAUAUUGUUCUUUGGAGUGAUAUGAAAUCAUGAAUGUAGAACAAUAUUAGAUAUAAUAUUACUUUUGAAAAAUUAAAGUAGUAUCUACUGUAAUGUUAUUAUUAUCACAAUCGUUUAUUUAUUUCAAUUUAGUAAUUAUAAAAAUAUACCGCCGGCGGGCUCAAACUAUGUUGUUUGUGUGUAAUUAAACAGAAUGAAUGGAGCAGGGACGUCAAUCCUGAAGAUAGAUAACAAAUAUAUUUUAAAGAAUCUCUUCGUGUAAGUAUGUUGCGUACGUACAAACGCCAUGUGAAAAGACGCGCCUGAAAUGAAUACUUACAUAAACUGCCUAUAUACGUCCCACUGCUGGGCACAGGCCUCCCCUCAAUCAACCGGAGAGGGUAUGGAGCAUACUCCACCACGCUGCUCCACUGCGGGUUGGUGGAGGUAAAUGAAUACUUAGUGUAGAGUAUUCCUGAACCACCUUCAUGAACCAUCUUUAAGAUUGACAUCGCAUUUCUCCCUGUAUUGAUACCUACCCACCUAGUACCUAAAACGCUGUUCGUCGCUACGAUAAUGAACCAUUUCCUUUAUGAUAUUAAGUGGUUUAUUCUUCGUUACAUCAACUGACUGUUUAGUUUUAAGUAAUACAGCUAUCUGGUAGGUAUCGUGGAUUUUUUUUAAAUCUAAAUAAGUAUUGCUUUCAGUUGUAACAAAUGAUUUUAGAUUGCAUAUCAUUAGCAAAAUGAACACACUGAAAGUGUUCUCUGUGACCCGUGCGGUGUACUGUGAAUUAUAUUGAUGUGUCAUUGUCAUAUAUGAUUACCUGAUAUAUUCAUUCCCUUCGCGACUUUUAAAUAGAAAUAGGUACGAAGUAGACUAAAUCUGUUUCAAUGCAUGUAUCACAUACGUAUCUAUUUGUAGUACUUAUUUUGUUGCAAUACUCCAGUACAUUGUAGUCAGCGCAAGCGCACCGCAGGGGCUACAGGACACGGAACGAGAUCUAUCUGUAUCAGUAACUUUUCCAUUUACCUCGUCUAUCGAUACAAUAUAAGUCGCAGCUGUAAAAAUCGUUGUAACACUUAUGUUAUAUCAAAUUAAUGUUGUUAAGAUUUAUUUUCAAUAUCCUGUGUUCCUGAUUAAUUAUAAUUUUAUUGUAUACAUGUCUUAAUUUUCAAUUUUUAGUAAGUAUCCAGACGUAAAUGGAAUGGUCCGCGUUUUAUUGGAAGUACCUACCUAUUUCAAUAAAAUAUACCUAUAAGAUGGGAACUAAAUUAUUUUUAACUAUUGAAAUAGGUAAAUAAAAAUUGCAUUAAUUUCAUGAUAGUAUUGUUUCACGAUAGAUUGUUUACAAAUAUGUUUUUCGUUACUGCCAAACGGUACCAUAGUUUUGAAUUUUCGAUCAGAUUAUUCAUUAAUAGAAAAAAAUAAUACGCGGUCAUAGCCACUGUCUAUUAUCAAGUACACUUGAUUAAAAAUAAUCAUAUUAUAAUUUACCUUCACAAUGUAACAGUUCUAAUGAUACUUGUAGUCUACCGUAUCCAAGUAACAUAUUGAAAUCGUUUAGUGACCGUUCAACAGUAAAAUUAUAGUAGUUAUCUGUCUCAAAUUACAUUCAAUAAUGUUAAGUUCGUUAAUGUCACAGUGUACCGUUGUCUGAAUGAAUAUAUA